UUCACUGGGGCCACGCACGCCGUACAGUAUCGUUCGUUCUCCAGUUUAUUUAUUUAUUUAUUAGUCCAAGUAAUUAUUAAUUAAUUAAUUCGAAUUAUUAUUGAUAAAUAAGUCAUUAAUUUAGGGAAAAUCAGGAUCGGGACGAAGGAGGAACUGUUAAUAAUAAUAAUAAUAAUUAGAGAGGUCACACGCAUCCAACGAACCCAGACAAAGAAGUGGGUGAACCAAAAACAGGAGCAGGCGCAUUGUUUUCGAGGAUCCACACAGGAUUCGCACGGAAGUGUAUUAUUAUUAUUAUUAUUAUUUUCAAUUGUAUUUGUAUUUCUGGAUCAACAGUGGACUCGACCGUAAGCGCACGAGGUUCUGAGCCGAUGGCGGACGAAAAACCGACGAUUGUUCGCUGUCAUAUCAGCUCGAUUAAUAAAGUCUAGCGACUGGAUAAACGGAGACCUACUGAUCCAAAGGAGAUGCAACGGUGUCCUUACCUGCACGAGAUGAAGGAGCGUCUGCUCUCGCAGCCGACCCCAACCGACAGCCUGGACAUGGAACGACUGGAUGGUGGCACCCCUGUUAAAGAAGCCAACCUCCACACAGAGUACCCAGCACAAACGAAUCCCGGAGUGAUCCCUGACCCCCCCGAAAUGCCGCCCGACACCUUGAUUGGCACCGUCGUCAAGGUAAAUGAUCCCGAGCUCAACUCAGAUGGCUAUGGAUCACAUACGUCUCCGGCCCACGCGAGGCAACCUCUUGUACCUCAGGGUUCGAUGAAUCCUCCGUUAUGCCUUACACCGACACAUUCUAGUUAUGGCAGGAAUUUCCCUAAGAAUGCUAAAACGUCACUCUUCAUAAUAAUGAGCUUUAUUUACGCAAAACUCCUGGUAGUAGUAUGUGUAGCAUACGUAAUAAGCGAAGUAGUAACCCACAAGCUGCCGUUGUACUACUUCGAGGGUUUUUUCGCGUACAUGUACGGAAUGAGUAUCCUUUUCUUGCUCUACGUCUUUUGUUUCCUUCUGCAAGAAAGCGCCUGUUGCUCGAGGGGUGCAGAAACUCCACCCCCGCCCCCGAAGCCACCCAAGCCCCCCAAGGAGCCUAAGGACAAGAAGAACAAAAAGGACAAGAAAGAUAACAAAAAAGAUACUAAGAAAGACACUAAGAACAAAAAAGAUUUUCAGGAUGCUAGUGAUGUAGAAGCUGGAGUAUCUACUCGCGUGUCCCGUAAGCGCAAAACUUCACAAAAUGACCACAGCCACGGCAGUUUCUUCCUUAGAAUUGGCGCAAUCGCAUUCGGACUUGGCACCAUGGUCUACAAUGGACUAGAAUUCGGUCAAUUCUUCGAGAUACCCCCAACUUCAACGUGUUUCCAGAUCUUGCAUGGCGUGAACCCUCUCCUACAGAUGGUCUUUACUUUCAUGCAAAUGUACUUCAUCUUCAUGAACUCACGGCUGAACAUCCAUCGCUUCAAAGUUAUCGCACGGUUUGGAUUAAUGCACGUUGUCGCAACAAAUCUCUGCGUUUGGGUAAAGACACUUGUCUUUGAAAGCUUGAAGGAAAUCACCCAGAACAACCUAAGAUACAGCAAACCCGACCUCGGAAUAAUCGAGAGCAUCCGACAACACUCACUGGCCCACGCUGGACUGAUCUUGGGUAACGAACCACGAGACAUAGCGCAAAUGCGCCUAGCACCCUCAACUCUAACUUCAAACGCAGCCACAAAAGUCCUGGGCUCACUAGCGACAACUACGCGCCGUUUAAUCCGAACAACCCCAUCAUCAAUAAACCGAUACGCCAGAUCAACAGCGCGAUCAGUAGCUCGAGCGAUAACCCAGGGCACUACAUCAACCCUAGCCACGUUUACCUCGAGCAGCACGACUCCUCAGUUCACAACUUCCUCUACAACAUCAACCACCCCCUCUACUACAACCACCACUACAACUCCCUCCACCACAACAAUGUUCCCCACUACACCUUCUUCAACAUCAACUUCAACACCCACUUCAACUUCAACUUCAACUUCAACUUCAACCUCCCUACCAACAUUAUCAACAAUAUUCGACGCGCUAACAACCGCAAAGGAGAACGCAACAACAACCUUAAGCAGCUCAACAUCAACAAUGUCGCCACCAGCGCCAACUUCAACGCCGCUAUCAACCUACGCUUCAAUGAUGUGGGACUUUGGCGAGCCGACUUCAUCAGGACUGGCCAACAAGGGACUUCCCCAGCUGCUAGAUGUCGUUAACCAAACCAACGGAACGAGCAUCUGGACCCCGACGUACGCAUUUUACCAAAGCGCUCCUUUGAACGAGAACGCUUGCGGACGGGUCAACAUAAUGGGAACGAUCGUCGAUGAUGCAGCGCCCUACUUGUACCCUUUUAUCAUUGAAUACAGCCUGGUAGGCGCUGCAGUGAUCUAUGUAAUGUGGAAGCACAUUGGACGGCACCCUCGCUGGCCCCACCAAGCAGAAGCAGACUUAGAGCGACGUUUGGAAGCCAUGUUGUCAAGACGCGCCGUCGCAUUGGCCCACGCUGGACACGGUCGCGUGGAUUGCGUAGGAGCCAGCAAGGGUCUCUUCGUAGGACUGUUCCUAUUAGUAGGAAGCCUGAUUUGCUUGAUCCUGUUCUUCGUUCUGAUCCAGCAGCCUUCUUUCGGGCUGCUCGCGAUUUACCUCGCGGACGCUUCUCACUGCGUGGUAAUGGCGUUCUCCAUUAUCGCGAUAAUCAUCGGGUUCAUACGCGUCCAGAGCCUGAAGUUCAAGGCCGAAGAACAGAGCGACCUUAAUGAUAUUCUGCUACGUGUUUCUGGAUUUGGAUUGUUUCUCUACGCGGUUUUUAGCGUGAUUGCCGGAUCUUUGGCAGCGUUUACUCAUGAGCCGAAUUUGUUAGUCAUGGUCACUGGAUUGCUGGCAAUAGUCCAGGUGGUACUGCAGAUGCUCUUUAUUGCCGAUGUGUCUCGCAGGCGUGUUCAUUUACCGGAACACGAUCGCAGCAAGCCCGGAAGACAGGUUGUCACCUUUUUGCUGAUUUGCAACGUUACAAUGUGGGUUAUUUACACCUUUGAGACGCAGAAAGUUGUCGCCAAUCCGGUUCAGCUUGACUUUUAUGGAUCACUUGCGUGGAUUAUGGUACAAAGGGUCACUAUGCCGCUUUGUAUAUUCCACAGGUUCCACAGCGCUGUUACGCUUGCUGAAAUCUGGAAGACCAGCUACAAAGCGCGCUUGGAGUAAGAAUUUUUUGUUGGUUAGCUUUUUGUGAAAGCUUAUUUUACCUAAAAAGGGGAUUAAAUUCGAUGGACGAAUUAAAAUCUUAUAGGGUUUUUUUUUGUUGGGAGUUUAUUAGCAUUUUUUGUUGCCAAAACUAACCGGAUUUUUAUACUUUUAUACCUUCAUAUCCUGUUUUUUAAGCAUCGGGAAUUGGAGGGGGCAUUGGCGCGUGACACUACCUUGUUUUUGGAUUCGGUUAUAAAUCCGUAACUAAAUUUCCGAUGCUUUUUAAUUAGAAUAAUGGUAUUAUUAUUUCGUUUUAGUUAUUUAUUUUUGUAUAAUGUAAUUAAUUAAAUUAUAAUAAAUAAACGAGUACUUGAUAUUGAAGAACAAAUAAUGGGAUCAUUUUAUAAUUUAUAAAAAUGCUUUAAGCAAGUGGAAAAAUAAAAAAACGUAUAAUACGUUUGUUGCGUAUUUGUAAAGUACAAAAUUGUUUAUAAUUAUAUUUAAUAUAGUUUACAAUUGGCGAGAAUUUAUUCCUUUUUAUUGUAAGGAAAAUUCGAGGGUUUUUUUAAAACGUGGAUCAUUGUACUGAUGAUUUUUGAGGGAAAAUAUUAUCGCGGGAUAAAGAGGUUAAAAUUAAAUUUUGACCGAGGGAAAUCGCUCGGAAACGAAGUUUAAGUAAAAAUGAAAUAAAUAUUAAUUAAAAAUAAUGAUAGAUAUCAUUAGAUAAUAGACUUUAAAAUAAAUAUGGCGAAUGAGUAGACCCAUUCCUAUGAUUAGAUGAAAGUUUUAUCGCUAAAAGUCAUCGAGUCAUCGAACAAAAUAAAAAAUAUAAAUCAAUGAAGAUAUUAUAUAGAUGAAUUAGUGAUUGUUCUACGUGUUCGCAAUUCAUUUUUAAUUAAAAAACAUUUACAUUUAAAGUAUGUACUUAGCUUCGCGUUCAUUGUAAUUGUUCAAACGCUGUCAACUCAUGAUAUUCAGCCGUGUAAAGAGUCUUUAAAAUGAUAACGACGAGGAUCAAAAUGAAGAAUUUUAU